GAUUUACAUCAUUCACUACAACUUUUGUUUUUCUUUUUCUUUUGCCCAUUGUAAGUGGCCUUUUUUCACUUAUGUUGACAUGAUUGCAAUUACAUUUUUUGUUCAAUUUUUAUAUGCAAUUAGAUUAGGGGUAAAAUAGUAGUACCACUUUUCUGGUCGAGACAUUUUGAUCACUAUCUCAUAGUAUUUUGAAAUCCAUCUAUAUCAUAAACUUUUCAACUUACCAAUUUUAUCAGUCUUUCGAAAAUUUUAUUUUAGGAGAACAGUCAUGUCACAACUCCGCCACCUCAUGAUUCAUGCCACAGUUACGCUGUUGGAGUGAAAUUUUGUUAAUAGAAAUUGAUACUGGUUUGAAAGAUUUAGUUUAGACAAUUACUUCUAAAAACGUACUCCAUCCAUCACUUAAAAAUAUAAAUAGAAAGUUGACAUAAAAUUGACUGUUUCUGACAUAGUAUAUACCGAUGAUUGAAUCUCUAAGAGAAAGGGUAUAUGGAGAAGUAAAAAAAAAUAAUUACCAUAUUUAUCUCUUCUUAAUAAAUUUCAUGCUCCAACGGAAAAAGUUAUUUGGGGAGGUAUUAGACCAUCUUUCAUUUUGAGAAUGUAUCUUUACCUUUUCGUGGAAGAAAAGGUAAAAAAAUUAGUUAUGCUUUGUUAAUUUACCUUCUUCUAUUAGAGUCCAUUACAUUAUGAGAAGAUAUAAUUACAUUUUUGAGAAGGUAAAUGAGAAAUAUAACUUUUCAACUUACCUUUUCCCCCGUUCUUCUAUUAGAGUCCAUUACUUUAUGAGAAGAUAUAAUUACAUUUUUGAGAAGGUAAAUGAGAAAUAUAACUUCUCAACUUACCUUUUCCCCGUUGAAAUUCUAAAUGCAUAAAAAGAAGAGUGUUAGAGAGAUGAGAUAGAAAUUAUAAUUUUAAAACAUUAAAAUAUGGGGUAAUUAAAAAGGAAUUGAAAGAAAUAGUAUACUAUACUACAGUACAUAUCACCAUUUCCCCGUUUGUAAACGAACAAACAAAAUUGCAUGAAUAAUUUCCCUAUUCAUAAGGAAAUAGUGAUCCAUCUUCACUUCCUCUCUCUCUCUCUCUAGAAAUGAUCUUCCGAAUCCUCAAUUCCCUCCCCAAUUCCCUCGCCUCCCCGACCUACCUCCUCAUGCUCUACGCCGUCGCUUGGACGGCCGUCCUCACGGCCGCCGUCGCCCUGGCCUCCUUCACGCCGGAGUGGGCCUUCGUCUCCGCCAUCAGCCCGCUCUCCCCGCCCUGCCGCGGCGAGGGCCUCGUCAGGCUGCCGCUCGACAUCCCGCCGGAGGACUUCUGCCUCGCCUCGCGCCUCUUCCGUCGCUCCGAGAUCGACAUGCUCGUGCCGCCGCUCUUCGCCGCCGUCAUCGUCGCCGGAUCCGCCUUCGCCGUCAGAGCACUCGGAUUGUGGGAGGCCGACGACGAACAGGCGCCGCCGAUUUGAUUUUCCCCCUAAUUUGGAAAUAAAAUUCGGUUUUCGAAUCCGUUGCGCCAAACGACGUCUCGUGAUGGUAUUUUGAUUUGUGAUUUUUUUUUUUUUAGUGUUUGCUGAUUUAUUACUACUGUUUAUUUAGAAAUUAUAGUUCAUCUCCA